AGCCAUCUUGCUCUUGCCGCGUGCUUGUGUUGGAGGACCCUCCCUGCUUCAGAUUUACCAGCAGCAUGAAUCAAGAAAAGUUAGCCAAACUUCAGGCUCAGGUCCGGAUAGGGGGCAAGGGUACAGCUCUCAGAAAGAAGAAGGUGGUACAUAGAACAGCUACAGCUGAUGACAAAAAGCUUCAGAGUUCUCUAAAAAAACUGGCUGUGAAUAAUACAGCUGGUAUUGAAGAGUCUUAGACAGUAAAGCACCAAAAUCAGAAGACAUUGAUGAGGAGGAGGACGAUGUUCCAGAUCUUGUAG